GGUGGUGCUCUGAAAUAUCGCAACAGCAUCAGUCAAUACCACCCAGGCAAUGGUUACACAAAUCCAUGUCUUCAAGCAUCUGUCGAUCAGAUUUCGACCAUCUCUCGUCCACGAUCAUCAACCGAUGCAAUGAAUCCAUCCAGUAGUUCAUCAGUGCAUGGAAGGCAGUUAAAUGGAGUUUUGUCACGUGGUGUGAACGGCCUACACGAAGAUCUCGACUUUCCACCCACGCCACGUACAUUGACGCGUAAAAAGAAUGUUGUAUGGAUGCGACCGCAUGAAAUGUGCAGCGAUCCACUAUUCAGAUUAAACCCAUCAUCAGGAACAUUAUCAUCGAGAGAACUUCCAGAACCUUACUGUAAAGGCGAUCCAAGUUUAUUAGCUGCUCUUGGCUCUCUUAGUCAAAUGCCGAGACUACUUCAACGUAUUGCACCGCCUGAGCAAAACUUUGAUUCAAAUUAUUGUGGAAUGUUCAAG